AUGACGGAGGUGCAGACCCCGGUGGCACCUGAUCAGCAACUCGAGGACACCCCCAAAGCCCCGUACAGCUUCAACUUCAGCGAUUUUCUGCGGCGAGAAUACAGAUUUGGCUUCGAUCCCAAUCGCCCACUAUGUAGAGCCUACCAACAAGGGCAUUGUCCUUUGGGAAGCCGCUGUCCUGACAAACACCAUGUCUCUUCCUCAUACAACAAUCUAGUUUGUAAGCAUUGGCUUCGCGGCCUGUGCAAGAAGGGCGAAACUUGCGAAUUCUUGCACGAAUACAACCUGCGACGAAUGCCCGAGUGCUCAUACUACGCACGAACGCAGACAUGCUCCAACGGAGACGACUGUUUGUACUUGCACAUCGACCCUGAAGCGAAGCGACCCUCAUGUGCACACUACGACCGCGGUUUCUGUCCGCUCGGACCAUACUGUGCGCUUAAACAUAACAAGAAGGAGAGGAUAUGUCCGUUUUAUUUAUGUGGCUUCUGUCCUGUAGGACCACAGUGCAAGGACGGCGCGCACCCAAGGUUCCCCACUGAUCUCGAGAAGCCAAAGGUGCGCAUUGAAAAGACACAAGAGGAGCUUGAUGCAGAACGUGCAGAACGAGAGCGAGAGAUGAUGAGGAGAGAAGAAGAGGAGCGAGAGCGCGGUGAGGAACGGGGGUUCCGCGGCGGCAGAGGCGGCAGGGGUGGGUGGAGAGGUAACAAGCGCGGAGGCAGAGCACGAGGUAGAGGGCGGGGUGAUCACUGA